CUCGAGUACUCGCCCCAUUUUCAUUGUCGCGCAGUCUCGCCGCCAUUCAUUUUUCUGCCGGCGUUGCUGCCGCUGCCGAGUAAAGAGCCGUCCGGGUCUUCAGACGCACACGUACCGGCACGCGUAAGGACUCUCGUACGCACGCCUGGGCAGAGCCGAGGCAGUGGCUGCUGGGAGAGCAGCGUCACGAGCCAUGCCCGCGACGCCCGACGCGGCGCCGCGGCCGCCGCCGCGCCUCGCGACGCCGAAGCGCACGACCCUGGGUGUCUGCGCCAUGGCCAAGAAGACGCAGUCGAAGCCCAUGCGCGAGAUCCUGAGUCGGCUGCCGGGCGACGCGUUCGAAAUCGUGAUUUUCGAGGAGUCGGUGAUUCUGGAGGCGGCCGUCGAGGCGUGGCCCGUCGUCGAGUGUCUGAUCGCGUUCCAUUCGUCGGGCUUUCCGCUGGACAAGGCGAUCCAAUACGCCAAACUCAGAAAGCCCUUCGUGGUCAACGAUUUACGAAGGCAGCAUUUGUUGCGAGAUCGGCGGCUGGUCUAUGCGACGCUAGCCAGGGCGGGCGUCCCAACCCCCAGACACGUCUGCGUCAAUAGGGAUAGGGACGUGGAGCAAAAAAUCGAGGAGCUAGAUGACGCCAUAAUCAUCGACGGCGUGAAGAUCGAGAAGCCCUUCGUCGAGAAGCCCGUGGAUUCCGAUGAUCAUAAUAUUCGGGUCUACUAUCCUACCAGUGCGGGCGGCGGCUGCAAGCGACUGUUUCGGAAAGUUGGUAAUCAAAGCUCGAAGUACGAACCUGAUCUACACUCGAUAAGACGGGAAGGGAGUUAUUUGUACGAGGAGUUCGUGGACACGCAAGGUACCGAUGUCAAGGUGUAUAGCGUCGGGCCUUAUUACGGCCACGCGGAAGCGCGGAAGUCCCCUACCUUAGAUGGGGUUGUUUUGAGAGGUGCUGAUGGUAAAGAACUAAGGUAUCCCGUGAUAUUAUCAUGGGUCGAGAAAGAUGUAGCCUUCAAGAUCUACCACGCUUUUAGACAAACUGUGUGCGGGUUCGACAUAUUACGAACACAUGAUGGGGCGUGUCUCGUUUGCGACGUGAACGGCUGGUCCUUCGUGAAGAAGAGUAGGAAGUAUUAUGAUGAUUGCGCGGCGUUGUUGGCGGCGAUUUUACGGGGUAGGGACGGCCGCAUCGUGGACAUGCGGCCGCCGCCCCGAGAACUGCCUCCAAGUCCACCAAAGAUAUGUAGCAGACCGCAGUCGCCCUCGGGCUUGGCGCCGUCCCGAAGAGAGUUAAGAUGCGUCAUCGCGGUCGUCCGCCAUGGGGAUAGGACGCCGAAACGAAAACUGAAGGUCAAGACGACUCACCCUUCAAUCGUCCAGAUCCAUAGGGAUAGGUGCAAGACGCCCAAGAAGGAGGUCAAGCUCAAAGAGUCGAAAGAUCUGCGGGCGUUUUCUUCGACCCUCAAAGCUAUCUUGCUGAAGGACGACAUCGACGCGUUCCGCAAGAUCCGGGAGGUGCUCAAGUCGCACAAACUCGACGACGAAGAGGAGCUGCUGGGCGGCGUCUUCUUCUCGGGCUGCAAGCUGCAGCUCAAGCCCCUCAAGUGGGAGGACGACGAGACAACAGAGGUCCAGGUCGUCCUCAAGUGGGGCGGCGUCCUCACGGAGUUAGGUGCGCAGCACGCGACGGCGCUCGGCGCGCAUUUCAGACGUCAUAUGUACCCGACGACGGGCGGCCAAGGUCUCUUGAGAUUGCAUGCGACUUUUAGGCAUGACUUGAAAAUAAGAACCUCGGACGAAGGUCGGGUCAUGAAGACGGGCGCGGCCUUCACCAAAGGAUUGUUAGAAUUGGAGGGCGAGAUCUCGCCUAUUCUCGUGUCUUUGAUUCAUCGCGGGCGCUCGGACGUGCACAUGCUCGACCGCGCGGGCAACCACGAGGCCCAGGAAUUGCUCGCUUUGUCGAAGGCCCACGUGUCGAGGUGUUUUCAGGUCGACGUCGAGUUACGAGGCCCCGACUCGGACGACGAGGACGCCGCUUCCAGUGACUCGAAAUUCGCGCAACGUCGAAGGUUCAUCGCGCCCGACGGUCCGGACUCUGUCCUGAGAGCUCUUAGAGAUUUGGGCAACCCCCUGCGGGCUUUGCGGGACUUGUACGAUGAGAUGAGUUCGUUCAUCGAGAAGGUCUCGCAAAAACCGUGCACUGAACAACUGUACAUGGGCGAGAGCUUCGGCGUCUGGUUGGAUUCGUGGAAGUGCAUCCGCAAGGAGUUCUACGACCAAAAGGCGUACGACCUGUCGAAGAUUCCGGAGAUUUUCGACAAGCUGCGCUUCGACGCUAGACAUAAUGCUCUUACGUUAUCUUUUGAUGCUGGGUUCGGCGUGCUCGUGAAGAAGGCCUCUACCUUGUCUCAAGCGGUGGCGCCUUUAGAAUUUGGGAGUGCGGCGGAACCCAGAAGGCAGGCGGCGUGGCACGUUAGUCGUGCGUUGCUAGAUAAGAUCUCCUUCGACCUGCGGACGGCGCGCGGCGACACGGAGGACUCGGGCCUCCAUUUCCAGCUGGACGACCACCCCGAGCACCUGGCGGACUCUGAAAUCAAGUCGCACUGGCGCGCGGUCCGGUCUCGACUCUAUUUCACGUCCGAGUCGCACUUGCACGCGCUGUUGGACGCGCUGCGGCUCAACGAGCACGGCACGGAGUCCGUCGUUGAUGAUGCGGGGCGGCGGUGGCUCUCGGCCGUGCCAGAGCUGUCGUAUUUGUCGCAUGUGGUCUUCCGGUUGUGGGAGGACACGUCGUACGAUACGAACGCCGAGGGCCGGUAUUCGGUGGAAGUCCAGGUCUCGCCGGGGACGCCCUUCGUGCCGCUCGAGACGAGCGACGAGGCGCCGCCCACGCUACCGCUGCACAGCUUCGCGCGCGUGUCGUCGGCGGCGCUGGAGCGGUAUCUUGGUGGGAAGCACGACGUCAACAGCGAGGAGAACGUCGCGAAGGCGCGAGUCUUGUACGAGGGCCUCGCGGACUCGCUCGAGGCGUGCGCGGGCGGCGGGGUCUUGCGGGGGGUCGCGAGGUUGAAGGUGUAAGUAUAGUG